AUGGUGGCAAUACCGAUCACCAGUAAUCGCCACUCUUUGGAUACCGAACCAACCGAAGGCAGUCGCACCUAUGCCAUCAUCGUCUGCGCCUUUGCGUCGCUCGGAGGUUUUUUCUUUGGCUAUGACCAAGGUGUGACCUCCGGUGUGUUGAUCAUGGAUUCGUUUCUAAACGACUACUGCGUCGGCUGGCACAAUUUCACGUAUGACGAAUGCACACGCUCCACCUCUCAACUUCCUGGAGAAUGGACAACCUUCACUGUGUGGUACAAUAUGGUCUACAACCUCGGUUGUCUGGUUGGUGCUCUGAUCGGUGGCUACGUCGCCGACAAGUUCGGUCGUCGAGCUACCAUUUUCUCCGCCGGCGUGCUGUUCUGCAUCGGAACUACCUGGGUGUGUCUGAACCCCGCACACGACCACACACUCAUGUAUCUUGCACGUAUCGUGCAGGGCUUCGGUGUUGGCAACUCGUCGUUCUCGCUUCCGUUGUUCGGAUCCGAGAUGGCUCCAAAGGAGCUUCGAGGUCGUCUGUCCGGGUUGAUGGUCUUCCCAGUUACGUUCGGACAGUGGCUUGCUAACCUGAUCAAUAUCCCGGUAGAGGACGACAGCAACGGGUGGCGUAUCAGUAACGCCGUAGCGAUGAUCCCUCCGGUUAUCGUGCUCUGUGGUAUCUUUUGUGUGCCUGAAAGUCCUCGUUGGACGUAUCAGCAAAAGGGCAAAGAGAAAGCUGAAGCCGUUCUUAAGCGUCUACGCCAGACAGAGAACGUUCACCAUGAGCUUCAAGCUAUCGGUGACCAGAUCGCUCAAGAGGAGUCCGAAGGACUGGGACUCAGGGAGCUUUGGGAGCCAUCAGUCCGUAAGCGUGUCUUUAUCGCCAUGGCGUUUCAGUUAGGACAACAGGCGACCGGUAUCAACCCGAUCAUGACCUACGGUUCGCUCAUCUUCAAGGACAUCACCGGUGCCGGUAUCUACGCGUCGCUUCUGCUCAGUGGCGUCAACUGCUUGAGUACGAUGCCCGGUUUGUUCAUGUUGGACAAGUUUGGACGCCGUCAAAUGGCUCUCAUUGGCGCUGUGGGGAUGUUCAUGGGUCACCUCUUUGCUGCCGUUCUGUUCACUGCGAUCUGCGAUGGAAACGUCGACGACUCUGGCUGCCCUGAGGUCGGUGGUUGGUUCAUCUGCAUUGGUACAGCGUUCUUUGUCUUCAGCUACGCGGUCUCGUGGGGCGCCGUGCCCUGGAUUUACUGCUCGGAGAUCUUUCCGAUGAACGUGCGAGCGACGGCGGUAUCGCUGUCGACGGCUGCUAACUGGGUCGGCGGUGCGCUUAUGACGGAGAUUGUCAAGCUGUUCCCACACCUGAACAUCAACGGCGUCUUCUUUCUGUUCGCCGGACUCAGCGUCUGCUGUGGCGUGUUUGUCUACUUCUUCUGUCCGGAGACUAAGGGUCUUCUUCUUGAGGACAUCGAAGAACUUUUCCACUCGCGCACAAGCGCCAAGUCGCCUGCCUACGUUGAGGCUAAGUCUCCGGUCGUUCUGGCGUAG